CCGCUGUUUCUCUCUCUACCCGCAAGCAAGCGAGCGUUCGUCUCGGCCCUUCUCUCUCUCUCUCUUCUGUCUUCGUCUACGCAUUUCCGCUCUCCCGUGUUUCUCCUCAAAUCCACUGCACUAACCCUCCUGGAUUUAAUCCUUCCCCCACUUCGAACCGCGUUGGAGAACAAAACAAAACCCUAGAAAUCUCACGCUUCAGUAUCUCAACAUGCCGCCCAAACUUUCUUCCUCAUGAUGGAUCCCGCCGCCUACUCAUUUCCGGCGCCGAAGCGCUCCACUCCGCUGUUCAUCGAUCUCAACGAGAUCCCCUCCACGCCAUGCGACACUCCUUCCCCGGCCACCGCGCCGCCAGAGCCGGUGGAACCGGCGUCUAUGGAGUUCCCGGUCGAGGACGCCUAUGCCCUGGUCUGCAGGAUUCACGGGCGUCUCCCAGCGAUGGACAGGCCUGCAGCGGAGUUCCCCGGAGAGGCUGGCGUCGGGCGGCAACUCUCUUGUGGCCUCUGCGGCCUGCCGGAGAAGCGAGGAGAGACGAUGGUCUGCGACGGGUGUGAGCGGGGGUUCCAUGUUAGCUGCGCGAGGUACUGGCCUCGGCAGCAACGGAUGGAGGUUGAGGAUUGGCUUUGUGACGAGUGCAGCAUGAAUGAGGUGCCGAAGAAGCGGUGGACGCUUGGGGCGGUCAAGUUGCUUGACAUGAAUGCGUCGCCUCCGAGUGAGGCUGAGGGCGAUGGCGAGGAGCAGCUUGGCAGGAGGAACGUUAAAGACUAUUACAUACCUAAUGAAACUGUUUUGAGUGGAGCAAGCCCACAAGAUUUAAAUCCAAAUAUUGGUCACCCAAUGAAUACAUUUGCUAUAGGAAAUAGUACUGGUAUGGUGGGGAAGGUAAACAAUUCAGAAGCUGCUCCACCCCUUGCGGCAGAUACAACCAAUGUUUGUGAAGGCCUGCUUUUAGGAAGUUCUAUUAGGAGUAGAUAUCCUGUUAAUAGUGGUACAGUGUCCAGUCAUUCACAGGGGGACAUCUUUCUCUGUUCCUUGAGAGAUUUUGUAGCUCAAAAAGGAGGCUGUCUGGGUGAUGGCUGGCAUGUAGAAUUUAAACAAUCUGCUAACAGUUCUGAUUCAUAUGCAGUUUAUUGUGCUCCUGAUGGUAGGAGAUUUGAGUCGGUGUUUGAUGUUACUCGUUAUCUUGGCUUAACCUUUAACGCCCAGUCUAUAGAGAUUGAAAAAAGGGAUGCUGUUUCUGGAUUAGUACAGAGAUCAUUGCCUUCUCGAAGAAGGAAAAGAGACUUUUCACAAAUCUCAACUUUAGAAACUUCCUCUAAAAAUCUGAAGAGCAUUACUAGCAACUUUGAUAGGGAGCAUUCUUCUGAUGCUGAGAUUUUGCACCCUCAGUUCUCUUGUGUCAGGAAUGUUUCAAGAGUUACUGAUAAUCCCCCUGAGGAAAUGUGUGGCUCUAUCUCUCAAAGUUCUCUGGUUGCUCUUCCUGUUCAGUUUGAAGAUUUCUUUAUUAGCUGUUUUGGAAAAAUUGAUUUACGAAUGGCUUAUCAUAACAACUGUCAGAUUUGGCCUGUAGGAUACAAAUCUAUUUGGCAUGAUAAAAUUACUGGAUCAGUUUUUGAGUCUGAGGUAUUUGAUGGUGGUGAUUCUGGUCCUAUAUUCAGAGUAAAAAGAGUUCCUUGUUCAUUAUUUUCCAUUCCAAGUGGGGCGACUACUAUUUUACAUAACACGGCUGCUGGAACUGAUGCUACCGUAGGAAUGGAUGAAAGUUUGCUUUCUGAUGCGGUUGACAGAGAUGAUGACAUUAUGAUGCUCAUCUGUGAUCCUAGUCCUGCGGACAACAAUUUGUUAUCUUUGUUCAGUGGUGAUGAUGGUGAAUCACCUUAUGUUUGCUCUAUUCAAAUUGAUACUCAAGAGUCCAUUGUGUCAACUAUCUCUUGUGAUGGUUGUCAUGUUGAAAGGCGUGGUGCUAUUUCAAACAGGAACUCUAGCUUAAUGGAUAACAUUGGGGAAUUCUAUGUUGAAGGAAGAUCUUCUACUGCAGUAUGGAAAAUGGUUUCGGAAACUGUUCUAAAUGCAUGUCAUGAAGUGUUCAGUAGGAUAGGAUGCGUGCGGUUUGGUUGCAAGCACGACUCCAGUGGUUUUCCAUCUAAACCAAAUAAUGUUGCUGCCAAACAAGUUCAUUCAAAUGGCUCAUUAGCUAGAUUCUCAUGUGCUUCUGGACCUCUGAAUAUUCCUCAACUAAUUAAAAAUGAUACUGUACUAGAAUCUACGUGCAAAGCUUUGUUAGAAUGGUUGGAUGGGGAUAGAUUUGGGUUGGACAUGGGUUUUGUACAAGAAAUGCUUGAAACGCUUCCUGGAUCCCAUGCUUGUUCUAGAUACCUGUUUCUAAAGGAUAGGAAAGAUUCAUUUAUACCUUGGACAAUUGGAGGUGGUCUGCUGGUAGCUGCACCAAAGAAUGGAGAAAAGGGGGAGGAAAUAGCAUUAGAUAGUUUACAGGAAGGGAGCAAAGGAUCUGUCCUACCGGAAUUUGAUGAGUCUCAAGCAUGUCACCGCAGGCUUCCAUAUGGGCGACCUUUGAGCAAUAAGCUUCCUUGUGAUCUUGUUGGGGAUGUUUAUCAGAUAUGGGAAUUCCUUUGUCGUUUUCAUGAGAUUUUGGGCCUCAAAGAGCAUUUGGAUUUUGAUGAACUUGAAGAUGAACUAGUUGAUCCAUGGCCUUGUGUUCCUAAUAAUUUAUCUUCAUCUGAAAAGCAGAGUCAUGAUUCUAGAGAAGGAAUUUCUCAAGCAAAUGGAAAUGCCGUUGGAUCAUUUUAUACACAUGAUUCGUGUGAGAGUUUUGAUAGAGAUAACACAUUCACAUUCAUUCCUAUUGAAAAUUCAGCACUGAGGGAAGUCGACCAAGUGAAGCUGGCAGCUCGUACUUAUGGGAGGUGCACAGGUCUAGCUCUGACAAAAAUUCAUACUUCACUACUAAAAGUGCUAAUUGGCGAACUCUUGAAUAAAGUUGCAGUUUACGUAGAUCCAAAUGCUGAUGCUAGGGAAUCAAAACCAAGACGUGGAAGAAAGAAGGAUGUGGAUAACAGUCACAUAAAAGAUGCAAAAUUGGAGACACCAACUUUUAAUGAGUUCACAUGGCCAGAGUUAGCUCGUAGAUAUGUCUUAGCUGUCUCAUUACUUAAUGGCUGCACUGAUUCAUCAGAAUCUUACAGCCGGGAAGGUGCAAAGGUGUUCCGCUGCUUGCAAGGUGAUGGUGGUGUUCUUUGUGGUUCACUUUCUGGAAUAGCUGCUAUGGAAGCUGAUGCACUGCUGCUUGCAGAGGCUGAAAGGCAAAUAUCUGAUUCAGCAAAACAUGAUGUUGAAGUUUUGAAAGUUGAUUUCAAGUAUUCUGAAGCAGGGGGUGGUUGUGAACCAACUGUUGAUACUGCUUGCAGCCUUCCUGAGUGGGCGCAACCUUUGGAACCUGUUAGAAAGCUACCUACUAAUGUUGGGACUAGGAUCAGAAGGUGCAUCUAUAAUUCUCUAGAGAAGGAUCCUCCAGAUUGGGCAAAGGAAAUUCUGCAGCAUUCAAUCAGCAAGGAAGUUUACAAAGGGAAUGCAUCCGGGCCUACCAAGAAAGCGGUUUUGUCUGUGUUGGCCCAGGCAACUGCAGGAAGUGUACAUCAGAAGUUCCACAAGAGACAGAAAGAGAAAUGCCCCAUUUCUGUGUCGGAUGCAAUUAUGAAAAAAUGUCGCAUUGUGCUGCGCUCUGCUAUAUUGGGUGAUGAAUCAAAAGUAUUCUGCAAUUUAAUUGGCACUUCCUUACUGAACCCCAAUGACAAUGAGGAUGAAGGCAUUCUUGGUUCGCCUGCCAUGGUUUCUCGCCCUUUGGACUUCCGCACUAUAGAUUUAAGACUGGAUGUUGGGUCUUAUGGUGGUUCUCAUGAAGCUUUUGUUGAGGAUGUUCGAGAGGUUUGGCAUAAUAUAGGCUUGGCAUAUAGGGAUCGACCUGAUCUCUCACAGUUGGUUGGAAAUUUGUCAGAGAAUUUUGAAUUGUUGUACGAGAAGGAGGUGCUGUACCUAGUGAAGAAGUUUGCUGACCGAUCUUUUGCUGAACAAAGCACUGAAACACAAAAGGAAUUGCAAGACAUACUCUUCAAUACCAAUGAAUUACCUAAAGCUCCUUGGGAAGAAGGAGUCUGUAAAGUUUGUGGAAUUGAUAAAGAUGAUGAUAGCGUACUCUUGUGUGAUGCUUGUGACUCUGAGUACCACACUUAUUGUUUAAACCCUCCACUUGCUCGGAUUCCAGAAGGAAAUUGGUAUUGUCCAUCCUGUGUUCCAGGUCAAACUAAAAUAAAAGAUACAAUUGCAAGUGCUCAGCCCCCCCAUUGUCAGCCAAGAAGACCUUUGGGGGAGGAAACACAAGCCUUUCAUGAAGCUUUAUAUGAACUGGUAACAUCAUUGGAGCAGAAAGAAUACUGGGAACUAAGCAUUGACAAGAGAGUAUUUUUACUGAAGUUUUUAUGCGAUGAAGUACUUAAUUCUCUGCUUAUUCGUGAGCACCUUGAGCAGUGUACGGAUCGGUCAAAUGAUCUCCAUCAGAAACUGCGUUCCCUCACAGCUGAGUGGAGAAAUUUAAAAUUAAAGGAGGAAAUGUUGGCAAUGAGAACUGUGAAAGACUACACAAGCAAAUCUGUUGGGGUUGAAGGUACAGUGAAGGAGGAUGCAAUAUCUGCCAUGCUUGUAACACAUGGUAGACUGAUGGAGCAGCAACAAAAUUUUUGUAACAAAAUGCACUAUUCCUCUAUUCCUGCUGUGAAAGUUAUACCUAUCCAGUUAGAGAGUUCCCUUGAGGAGAAUGGUCAAAUUGAUGCCAACUUGCAAAUGAACCAGCUUUCAAAGAAUGCCAAUGUUAAACAUUCAAAUGGUAAUAUGUCUCAGACCUGUUCUCCAAGCAGCACAAAUAUUAUUGAUUGUGGAACAGCAGCUGAUGUUGAGCUUCCAUUGCGCAAGGUGUUAGUAAAUGUUUCUAACAGGAAAGAUGAUCAAGAAGCAGAAAAAAUCAUAAAAAACAUUGAACAUAGCGAGCACAUGUAUGCCGUUAAUGAUAGUUUAGAUAAAAGAAACAUCUUCAAUGUUGAGAAGAACGGAAACUUGUCAAAUGCAGGUGCUGUUCUUGGGAAGUGUUUGUUGCCUGAUAACGGCGGGACAAUUUUUAGUGACCAUACUGUUACAAUGCCCAACAGUUUUGGGGUGAAAAUGCCAUUGCAGAACUCGCUCACAUUUCAUCAAAAUGCUACUUUACAAGGAAAUGUCUUGAAUAUUAAUUUCAGUACAUUUGAUUCUGAUAAUUGUGACCUCGAGGUCAAUUCCUUGAAAAAAGAGAUAUCACAGUUGCAGGAGUCUAUUGCUAGUAUGGAAUCACAACUUAUGAUGGCAUCUUUGAGGAGGGAGUUCUUGGGGAGGGAUUCACUUGAUCAGUUGUAUUGGAUCAUUGGGAGGCCUGGCAAACGGUCAUGGCUGGUUGUAGAUGGAAGUAUGCUGAUAGCACAGGAGAGGAGACAAGUUAAGGAGUUGUAUCUUCAGUCUAAGCGUUCACAAAAUUUAGGUUCAAGAGGUUCAGUUUUGAGGAGAAAGGCACCAUCAGGCUUGUUUCAUUGUUACGACACAUCUGGCUAUGAUAUGCAUGCGAGUGCAUAUGGUUCAUCCUCAAUUGUUAUAUUUGAAUCUGAUUCAGAACUUGAAAAACUUAUUGGCUGGUUAAGAGAUAGUGAACCUAAAGAAAGAGAAUUAAAGGAAUGCAUCUUACCGUGGCAAAGACUUAGAUUUUAUCCGGAACAUAAUUGCGUUACCCGUGAAUCUCAGCUGCCAUCAAAUAAAUCUUCCAUUUGUGAAGAUUUUGUAGCUCCUUUCUCAUUAAAUACAAAGGCUGCUAGUAUUCUUGAAAAAAAAUAUGGUCCUUUUUCGGAGACUGAAGGCAAUGGAAUUCCUAAAAGACGUGGGAAGAAGGCUAAAGUUUGUCAUGAUGAUAGAAUGUACAGAUGUGAGUGUCUGGAGCCCGUAUGGCCUUCUCGCCACCACUGUAUUUCCUGCCAUCAGACUUUUUCCACCUCACAAGAACUUGAAGGGCAUAAUGAUGGAAGGUGUACUUCUAGUAUUCCUGCAUCUGAUGAAGGCAAAGAAUGUGAAGAUCCAGUAAAAAAUAAAGGAGUAAGAUGGGAGGCCACCAGGGUGAAGGAGCAUUAUGAUGGUUUGGACAAUGCAGAGUCAAUUAAAAAUGGAAAAUUGGACAUUAGCUUGAAGUUAGUUAAUUUUCAAAGGAAAAAAUGUCCAUAUGACCUUGACGAGGUUAGUAAAAGUUUCAUCACAAAUGAUUCAAACAAAGAGUUGGUUAAGGAGAUUGGUCUUAUUGGUUCAAAAGGGGUUCCCUCCCUUAUUCCAGGUUGCGCCAAGCUAUUCCUUGACCCAACACUUGUCCUUGAUAAAAAUAGUCUUGCCAAUGAUUCUGUAAAUGAGGGUAUCUCAAAUCACAUGGAAGCUUUUAAUAAUGUUAUGACACUCAAUGAUAUUGAAAAAGGGCCCCGGAACGUCCCUGGAGUGCUUCAUAAUGGGACUGCUGAUGAUCAGGACGUGUGUUUUUUGCAAAAUGAUGUGCCUGCAUCCGGUUAUACUGAGGUUCAAAGCACUUCAUCCCAUGCAUUUGGUAAAUCAGAAAAUUUAAAAGGUUCUCGAAGUUACACAAUUCCCGAGCCAUCAUUAAGACCUAUGUUUGGAAAGAUAUUUCAAGUUGUAAAGCGUCUGAAGAUGAAUCUACUUGAUAUGGAUGCAGCUUUGCCUGAAGAAGCAAUCAGAACUUCAAAAGCGUGCUUUUUCAGGAGAUGUGCAUGGAGGAUGUUUGUUAAGUCAGCAGAAUCAAUAUUUGAGUUGGUUCAAGCUACUGUCUUGUUUGAAGACAUGAUCAAAGCUGACUAUUUAAAAAAUGGAUGGUGGUACUGGUCUUCCCUUACUGCUGCAGCAAGGACAGCCACAUUGUCAUCUCUUGCUCUUCGUUUAUAUGCUUUGGAUGACUCUAUCAUCUAUAACAAGGAUCCCCCAGAAAGUUUGGAUCCAGAUGGCCAACGGCUAAUAAGCAGGACGGGAAGGAAGAGGAAAGAUUUGGAAGUAGGGUCCUAAUGUUGCUAGUGAAAUAUUGUGAAAAAGUUUUGAAUUUGAUUGAGACUUAUGCGGUGGCACCUUCUUAAAAUCUCAGAAGGGUUCCUGCCUUGCUCCAGUAACAUCGGCAAAGUUAUGAAUACAGAAGAGAAGAGUAGAGCAAAUCGGCUGCUACAGCCUUCAUGUACAUAGUGUGACUGACCACUGACAAGGGGGGUGGGGGUGGCUGGCCCAAGACCAGGUGAUUCGUUGGUUAUGUGGGCUUUUUGCUAGAAAUAGUUGCUGGUUUGGCUGUUUGGUUCUUUUGUAGUGCAUCUGAAGAUGUCAUAUGAUCCUGAUGGGCAAAAUUCGAAUUGGCAGUGGCAAGCCACCCUUAGUUCAAAAGAUUUAUACAACAUACAGAAUUGAAUCUUUGUAAAAGAAGCUGAACUUUGAGCCGAUUUAAUCGAAUGAAGGGUUCUUUCAAAUCUGCUUUUCCAUUUUGAUUUCUACAUCCAAUUUUGCUUGGUUCCUUGUUUUUCUGUUUUUCUAAUUUCUUGAACUUCUACUCCAAAAUAGUACGGUAUUGUGCUUUCAAAUAUUUCAGUUUAUUUGCAACCAAUGUCACAGGGAGCCGUGGAAAUAAGUAGGGUAAGUAUUCUGUUAGAAAGACUUCAUUCUAUCUCUUUCUUGGAUAAAAUGAUAAUGAAGCAGCUGACAAGAUUUUCCAAUUGAGGACUCACUUUAAAAAGUGUCGCUUGGUCAAAAGAGGAUCUUGUUGCAGCUCCCGCUGUGAUUAUUGAAGAGUGUAAAUAUGUGAAUGUUACUUUAAUUUUAUUAAAAGCUGUCAACAGGUUAGUUGCAUGUAUUUCCCACCUAUUUAUUGUUAUUAUUUGCUUCAUGAGGAUUAUUUAUUAUGGUCUUAAAUGUUCAUUUAUCUCUUA